CUGAUGGUGUGAAUUAUAUUCAUCAUCAGUUGCCAGAGAUAUAAAUAAUGAAAUUAUUAUGCAUGUGACUCCCUGCAGUGAAUGUUAAAUCUGUGUAAAUGUGAGUAUCUGUUGACUGACUGACAAGUGCCUCUACCUUUUCUAUUCAUGGAUUGCACAAUGAAGUGACUCAGAUUGUCCAGCAAAGUGCUCCAUGCCAGAGGGAAUUUGCUUGGUACAUGCAAGCUAAUUGAUUAAAUCACCUCCUUGACAAGCCAAGGAGUGCUGGUUAGCUGAAGUACCAGUUAACUGGAUAAGUAAGGACAAGAAAUAGAAAAUAUUAACUACAAGGACUUAAUACUAUAUAUUUGCACCAUAAAUACACACUAUAGUAUCUGUGUGUAUAUACAUAUGCUAUAACAUAAAUCUUAUAUGGUUUGUGGUUUUCUGUAUCCUGAGCAAUUUCAGACAGAUGGGCCUUGUUUUCCAUCUGUUCUUCACAAUGAUUGCACAUUAAUUUAUUUCUUUCAAAAUACAGACCUGGCUAUGAGUGUCUGUCCUUUGGAAUUACUGGAAUUCGAGUGCCUGUCCUUUGGAAUUAGUGGAAUUCUUACUGGGGUUUCCUCUCAGGUCCACCUGAAAAGCCAGUGCUGAAACAGUCUGCCACAAAGGCAGCAUGCCAUCCCAAACUCAGCACCCCAAUGCCUGAGCACCUCCAUCCAACAGUUCACAUUGCCCCCUGCUUAUCCCUAAAUGAAAUUUGAUAGAUUUAACCUGGGACUAUCUCAAAAUAGUUUGGGAUGUGAUUAUCAGAGGCCACUCCCUGUGUGAUACUGCUGAAGACGGUAGCAAUUGGCUGUCUUAAAGCUCUCAACUCUUUCCUUUAAAAGACGGGGUUGUGGUGGCAGAUGAUUCUCCUUGCAUUGACCUCAGUCCUGUGUUCUGGUACAGUAAGAGUCUUCUCUUCAGUCUUCAGAGGAGAGUUUGCUCAGUGGGCAAUUCAAUGCCAACCCUGGACUCAAAGUGAGGAUCACCCAGAAGGGCUUGGAGUAUGCCAAGGAGGUUGGGCUGGAAAUCCUGAAGCAGAAUAUGGAAAAGGAGCGUUUCCCUGAUUUGACUGGCCAUGAGAAAUAUGGGCUUGGUAAUGUCAAAUACAACAUCUCUGGAAUACAUGUCACUGCUGUUGAAUUACCCAGUGCUUCCAUCUCCCUCCUACCUGGGUCUGGGAUAAAACUGGUGAUAGGAAAUGCUUCUCUAACCAUCGACAUGAACUGGAACAUAAGGACCUGGAUGUUCAAAGAUAGUGGAAGAAGCACAGUGCACAUUUCAAAGGUGUUUGUCACUGCAAUCUUUUCAACUCCUCGGGAUAAUACAAGUCCUACGUCAAUAUCCCUUACCAGCUGCCGGACAACUUCUGGGGACAUAGAUAUCAAGCUGAAUGGAAAAAGCGGCUUCCUGCAUAACUUCUUUAUCAAGUAUCUGAAGAAACCUAUUCACAGGAGCUUGGUCACUAAUUCAUGUCCCAAUAUCAGAGCUGGGAUCCAUUUGAUAGAUGAAGACCUCCGAUCGCUGAAUGUUGUAAUGCCAGUUGAUGAUUUGGCUGAAAUAGACUACUCCUUAAGUAGCUUGCCAGCAGUAUUCCAACCAUUCAUUGACCUGGACUUAAAGGGCACAGUCUUCCCAGCUGGAAACUAUACUGGCUCUCCCUACGUGGUAGCUCCCUUCACUAUCACAGACCAAAGAGACUCCAUGCUCUUCCUGGCCUUCUCUGAGUAUUUUUUUCAGACCUCCUCAUUUGCUUACUACACCGCAGGGGCCUUCAACAUGACCAUUGCAGAGGAGACCUGCAGCUAUUUUAAUAUAAGCACAGAGAUAUUUGGCAGUAUCAUCCCUGAGGUCGCCAAAUACUCAGUUACACCCUAUCCAGUAAUGUUGAAGCUAAUGGCUACUGAAAUACCUGUCAUCAGCUUAGAGCAGGAUUCCUUCACAGUAGAGAUUCAGGGCUCCAUGGAGGUGUUGGCUGUUCUGCCAGACUCAACCACCCAGUCGCUGUUCACAAUGAAUGUAGCAGCCAACAGCAGCAUUUCUCUGAAUGUAUUUGAUCAGAAAUUGAUGGGCUCCCUAUGUUUGAACAGGCUCCAGUUCUCCCUAGCCCACUCCAAUGUUGGCUUUUUUGAGAUCUCGCUUCUGGAGAACAUCCUGUCUUACAUUUUACAGACUGAAGUAAUUCCAUCAGCUAACGCCAAACUCUCAAAAGGAUUCCCUCUUCCCAAUCUGGCCAAUGUUACCUUGACAAGACCUCACAUUACAAUUGCACAGGGAUACAUAUUGAUUUCAACUGAUGUCCACUACAAACACUAAAGGACAAGAGAGACCAUUUGUUAAGCAUGAACUUCAAAUCAAGUGACUCUGAAGACUAAACAAUGUCCACUUCUGCUGAAAUGUGUAACUUGAGCUCUGACAAGGGCAAUGUCAUCCUGGCUGGGGAUACCAGGAAGCAAAAAAAACUGAUGGAAUGGUAUAAUGGUGGUAACAAACAUAGCCAAGGGAGAACAUGGGACACAUGCUUGACGUUAUUUAUUCUGGUGUUUAAUUGAUGCAGAAAUGUUUUUAAGAUUCAUGACUCUCUUGUAAUACAGUUUUGUCUACACACUUGCAGAAAAGUGCUGCAGUCUCUUAA